GCUAAGCAUCUUUGAUUAGUAUAUCAGUUGUCUUUGCAUCUUCACUAUGCCAGCAGCCAGCCCAGAAGAAAGUUGAUACUUCCAGGAUUCUUGGCUGUGCUGCUGUCCAGCCACGCCUGCUGCUGCUGCGUCCUUGUCCAAGGCACUGGCAUGGCCAUCCAUGGACAUGGCCGCGUACAAACUCGGGCUUCUUUGCGUUCUUCAUUGCUACAAAGCAUAAAUCCAAACUCGGGCCACGAAUGUUCCUUGCUUCUGCAUUACUACAAGCAUAAAUCCAAAAGUUGAACAAGCAGUGUUCCAUUCGUCCAUCCAGCAGCCCAGCACUGAAACAAGCGAGCGAUAGAUAUUCCAGGCCAAAGACAGACUGCAGGCAGCACAGCGCAGCAGCCACCAUGGCAUUGGCGUCCCGAGCACCCGCUGCCGGCGACGCAGAGGCGCCGCUGCUUGCAGACACCGGCGACGCGCAGACGGCACCGACGUCGACCGUCAUCGGCAAGGCCCUUAACAGCACCGCCGACCUCGCCAAGCACCUCCCAACGGGCGCCGUGCUGGCCUUCGAGGUGCUGUCGCCGUCCUUCACCGCGGACGGCACCUGCACCGCCGCGAACCGCGCGCUGACGGGCUGCCUCAUCGGCGCCUGCGCGCUCUGCUGCUUCGUCCUCUGCUUCACCGACAGCUACCGCGACGCCGCCACGGGCGCGCUGCGGUACGGCUUCGUCACGCCCGGCGGCCGCCUGAUCCCCAUCGACGGAGUGUCGCCGCCGCCGCCGCGGGACGACAGGUACAGGCUGACCGUGCGCGACGUCAUGCACGGGCUGCUGUCGUUCGCGGUGUUCCUGGCCGUGGCCAUGGUGGACCGCAACGUGGUGGCGUGCUUCUACCCCGUGGAGUCCGCGUCCACCAGGCAGCUGCUGGCCGCCGUGCCCGUGGCCGCCGGCGCCGCGGGGAGCUUCCUCUUCGCCAUGUUCCCGUCCACGCGGCGCGGGAUCGGCUUCCCCGUGGCGGCGUCCUCAUCCUGACGAAUGAAUCGUCACGUCGUCGGCUCGGCUGCUGGCGGGGCUAGGGCAUUGUUUGUUUGUGUGAUCGCGUGCGGUUUGCCCGUUUUGCGCGCCACUGGAUGAUUCGCAUCCUUUACUCAUUUUAUUACUGGCGCCUGGCGGACUAAAUUAAACUAGCUGCUAAAUCACACUAACAGCCGUCAUGUUUGUGCAUUGCAACUGGAUUCGCUCACUUCACUCAUCAGGAUAUCUCAGAUGAAUGAUGUAUGUAUAUACCAUACAGAGAAGAUACAAGGUCACCAGACAUAAAUCAGCAGGCCUUAUAGUUCUGUUUGUCAAUGA